AUGACCGUCUACCACGACAGCUGUGCCCUUGUACGGCCGCAGUACCCGCGAAAGGAGGCGCAGGAAGCUGAGAACCACCGCGCCGUGGCAGCACUCUAUGAGCUUGUCGAGAACGCCAUCGCCACAGCAGAGAAUUACGUGGCGUACACAGAGGGCCGCCUGGUGCCCCUCUCAGCGCGUGGCAUCGACCUCCUCGCCGCCGCCAGCGAGCUUAAGGAGCGCUACAAGCACGAGGCCCCAUGUGGAUGGACGGAAGAGAAGUUAAUGCAGCACUGCGAGCAGCAGGUGACGCGGGACCAGAUGGCGGAAAUAGUGGGGCGCCCCUCACUCGACGUCACGGGAGUGCAGAGCAUCCUGCAGACGCUUCGGGACGCCCCGUCGGAGCUGCCGCGCGGCCGCUUCCUGCUGAUGCGGGAGAACCUCACCGCGCUGAAGCCGCACCAGCCGUCUGACCUUACCCGCGACCUCGCCGAUGUGUGCGGUGCGCUCUACGAGAUCCAGCACGUCGACCUCAUGGCGGAGCUGCGCUCAGAGCUCUCCGAGCUCGACGUUGAGCUCGAGAAGGCGCAGCGGAAGCUCGAUGAAGCCAUCAGCGCGUACGAGCGCGCCCUCGCCGGCGGCGAUGUGGUGGAGGUGGAGCGCCACCACCGGCAGCUUAUUGCUGUGCGCUACGAGUACGUGGCGGUGUGUGCAAAGCGCAUGCAGCGCAUCCUCGGCGACGACAUGACGGCACAGGAGAGCAGCUUCGCCGCCGAGAUGGACGCGCUGCACCGCGACGCGGAGGAAGCGGUUACGAAGUUCGCCGACGACCUCCGCACGCGGCGUAACGCCCUCCGCGAGGACCUCCGCAACUGUGACAAGAAGCGUGUCGAAGAGGACACCACGCACAACAAGUGCCUCGACGCGUUCUGCGCCAAGGUGAAGGCGAUGGACGCGGACCUUGUCAAGGUCGUGGAGAGCAAGCGCAAGGUGGUGGAGGAGCUGCGGCAGAAGGCCCGCGAGCUUCGGGAGCUGACGGUGAAGCAGAAGGAGUUGGCCGAGGCCCAGGUGCGGGCGAAGCGGGAGGAGGAGGAGCGCAUCACCUCGUACAACGAGUUUGUCGACAUGGAGGAGCAGCAGAAGCGCCGCCUUCUGCGCUGCCUCGAGUACUUUGAGCGCGUGGAGGCGGUGGUGCCGAGCCUGCAGUCGUACGUGGACGACAUGGUCACGCGCAUGCCACGACAGAACCUGCGCGAGGUCAUGAACCAGCUCAACGACAUGGAGGCGGGCGACUUCAUGACCGCGUACAGCAAGUUCGUCGCGUGCUGCGGGGAGCUGACGGUGAAGAAGAUGCACCGUCUCGACACGCUUGAGCGACAGGCCCGCCUUCUCGAGCACAACCGCAACUCCGCGAUGGAGAGCCUCGACCCGAACAUGAACAACUACCGCGUCGAGCUCGAGGGCAUCAUCGAGCAGAUCAAGGGCGUCACCGGUGUCAUCAACGCCCUCAACGCGACGCAGGAUGCGGGCGAGCAGCUGUUCCACAGCAUUGAAGAGGGCGUGCAUGCCAAGUACGAGCGUGCCGCCGUUCCCUUUGUGCACCCGUUGCAGGAGUACGGCAUCAAGUCGGUGGAGGAGCGCGGCCGCUUCGUCGACCGCUCUAUGCGCUACGUCGAGGACGAGGAGCGUAAGGUGGUGGAGAAGAAGAACGUGCUGAACCGCAUGCGACAGGCCGUCGAGGAGGACGAGGCCGCCACCGAGUCAGCGCUGCGCAGCAAGCCCGCUGCGGUGCAGUACUGA